AUGUUCAUUGAGAAGAGAGAAAUUUAUACAAAGAUUAAGAAAAAAAAAUUAAAAAAACUAGCCGUUAUGAGGAGCAGAGCCUCUCUCUCCCACCUCUCUGCAGCAACUCAUAUGCCUUCCACUGACAAAUUGUCUCCAAUUACAAAGAUUCCCUCUCCCUCUCUCUCUCUCUCUCUCUCUCUCUCGGAGGGGAUGCUCACGUGGUCUCUAACAGAAACCCCACCUCUAAUUCACAUUACAAAAUGUUUUAGCUUCUGUUUCAUUGUUGCUAGAGUUCAAACAAGAGAGGGAGAGAGAGGGGGAGAGAGAGAGCGCAGGAAAGCAAAAUCAUCUUAUUGUUUUCUGGAGUAUAUUUCUAUUUCUUGAGAGUUAUGGAGAAUCUAAACAAACGUUUCAACAAUUUCUGCAGAUACCCUUUUCGGAGUUUUGCUGAUCGGCGUUGUAUUUCCAAUAAGAAGAAGGAGAAAUGGAAGAUUCAGUUGGAAUUCAAACUACCAUUUUUACAACAUACCCAGGUUUUUUUCUUGUUCCUUCAGCUGCUCAUUUUUCUCAUUCAACCUGUUGCAAGCCAAGAUUGGGAUGGUGUAGUUGUCACCCAAGCUGAUUUUCAAGCAUUGCAAGCUUUUAAAGCUGAGCUAGUUGACACAAAAGGGUUCUUGAAGAGCUGGAAUGAUAGUGGUUAUGGAGCUUGUUCUGGUGGUUGGAUUGGAAUCAAGUGUGCUCAAGGCCAAGUUAUUGUAAUCCAGCUUCCUUGGAAAGGAUUAGGAGGCAGAAUUACUGAUAAAAUUGGCCAACUUCAAGCACUUCGAAAGCUCAGCCUCCAUGAUAAUCUCAUCGGCGGCUCAAUCCCUAAGACACUGGGACUCAUCCCAAGUCUUAGAGGGGUUCAAUUAUUCAACAACAGGCUUUCGGGUUCAAUCCCUUCUUCUUUAGGUUCUUGUCCUUUGCUUCAAACUCUAGACCUUAGUAACAACUCUCUCACUGGGACUAUUCCAGAGAGCCUUGCAAAUUCUUCCAAGAUUUUUAGACUCAAUCUGAGCUAUAAUUCAUUGUCAGGUUCCAUUCCACUGAACCUCACUCGCUCUUUCUCUCUCAUUUUCCUAGACCUCCAAUACAAUAACCUCUCUGGAACCAUUCCUGCUUCUCUGGGAAAGUUAAGUGAGCUCCAAGAGAUUUCACUUGCUCAUAACCAAAUCAGUGGAGCCAUUCCAGUUGAAAUUGGUGGGCUCUCUAGGCUAAGAACAUUAGAUAUUUCUAACAAUGCCAUUAAUGGAAGCUUGCCCAUUAGUCUCUCUAAUCUAUCCUCACUUGUUCUUUUAAAUCUUGAGAACAACAACCUUGAUAAUCAAAUCCCUGAAGCUGUUGGCGGAUUGCAUAACCUUUCUGUUUUGAACUUGAAAAGAAACCGAUUUAUUGGUAAUAUUCCUGCAACAUUAGGAAACAUUUCCAAAAUCAUACAACUUGAUUUAUCACAGAAUAAGCUCAGUGGAGAAAUCCCAGAUUCUCUAGCCAACCUGCAAAACCUUGUUUCCUUCAAUGUUUCUUACAAUAACCUCUCUGGUCCUGUUCCCACUCCUCUAUCUAAAAAAUUCAAUUCAAGCUCUUUUGUGGGUAACAUUCAACUAUGUGGAUUUAGUGGUGCAGCUCCAUGUCCUUCUCAAGCACCUUCCCAGAGUGUCGCUCCACCACCGGAGACGCCCAAGAAACAUCAUCGGAAACUGAGUACCAAAGACAUAAUUCUCAUUGCUGCUGGAGCUCUUCUCCUUGUCCUAAUCAUACUUUGCUGCAUUCUGCUCUUUUGCUUGAUAAGGAAAAGGGCAGCUUCAAAAGCCAAAGAUGGUCAAGCCACAGCGAGAGCUGCAGCAGCAGCAGGAGUUGGAAAGGGAGCUCCGCCAGUAGCUGGUGAAGUUGAAGCCGGAGGAGAAGCUGGAGGGAAACUAGUUCAUUUUGAUGGGCCCUUAGCGUUUACAGCAGACGAUCUCUUGUGUGCAACUGCAGAAAUUAUGGGGAAAAGCACCUAUGGAACUGUCUAUAAGGCCACAUUAGAGGAUGGAAAUCAAGUUGCAGUGAAAAGAUUAAGAGAAAAGAUCACCAAAAGCCAGAGAGAAUUCGAAAACGAGGUCAAUGCUCUUGGAAAAAUCAGACACCCAAAUCUCUUAGCAUUGAGAGCUUAUUACAUGGGACCUAAAGGAGAGAAGCUUCUUGUUUUUGACUACAUGCCUAAAGGAAGUCUUGCAACUUUCCUCCAUGCUAGAGGACCUGAUACGCCUAUUGAUUGGCCAACAAGAAUGAGGAUAGCUCAGGGUAUGACAAGAGGCUUGUUCUAUCUUCACAAUCAUGAGAACAUAAUCCAUGGGAAUCUUACAUCAAGCAAUGUUCUUCUUGAUGAGAAUGCAAAUGCAAGAAUUGCAGAUUAUGGGUUAUCUAGAUUAAUGACAGCUGCUGCAAAUACUAAUGUAAUUGCAACUGCAGGUGCAUUAGGCUACCGAGCACCUGAGCUUUCAAAGCUUAAGAAAGCAAACACAAAAACAGACGUAUACAGCCUUGGAGUGAUCAUAUUAGAACUUCUUACUGGGAAAUCUCCAGGAGAAGCCAUGAAUGGUGUGGAUUUGCCUCAGUGGGUUGCUUCUAUUGUGAAGGAGGAGUGGACUAAUGAAGUUUUUGAUUUGGAACUGAUGAAGGAUGCUUCUACAAUUGGUGAUGAAUUGCUUAACACAUUGAAACUAGCUUUGCAUUGUGUUGAUCCUUCGCCAUCAGCAAGGCCUGAGGUUCAACAAGUCCUUCAGCACCUAGAAGAGAUUAGACCAGAUACUUCUGCUGCUGCGAGCUCUGUGCCGUCUGGAGGAGAGGAUGGUGCAGGAGUUCCCUCAACCAGUGAUUAAGCAAGCCAUUGAAGAAGAAAGAUAUGUAGUUUGGUGGCAGAGAGAGAGAGAGAUUAGGAAGUAGAGUAGAGGACAGAUUCUUUGAUUCUUAAGUGUUGGUUUUGAGUGUUAAAUUUCAUGUCUGUAAAUACUAGUUUGUUUGAAAUCUAUUCAAGGAUUCUGAUUCUAGAACUCCAGCUGUGUGUGCAAUCAAUCAAGGAUUUUCUUUUUUGGCAAAGAUAGC